AUUGGUAUCUAAAAUAAAUUAUUCUCCUGAAAAAAGGAAAAGCAAAAAAUGAGAAAAAAGUCUGAUCUCUCCAACAAACAACACAGAUGGGUCUUUAAAUACCCUCGUUCUGACAUGAAAUGAAAACAAAAGGUAGCAGUUACAGGUAUCAAUUACAAAGAAUGUGUGACGAAGAAGAGAGAGAGUUGGGAAGACAGGAAGCGCCUGGGACUUGUCCGCACUGCGGUGGCAAAGUCCAAGCGGUGGACGUAGAAAGGCGGUGGAGGUGCUGCUGUUUCUUUCCCAUUUGCUUCUCCAUUAAGCGAAAAUAUUGCUGCACCUUAUGUUCUAGGCGUUUGGUCUUGUAUUUCUAGUUUUUUUUUUUAAUUAAUUGGAAGGAUAAUUCUAAUUCAGAUUAAUUUCCAUUUUCGCAUCUUAAUUAGUUUAGCUUAGGCUA